AUGUCGUUGAAGGGGAAGGUAUACGCCAUUACUGGUGGAGCGAGCGGGAUUGGCCUCGGGACAGCAAAGUACCUCUCGAGUCGCGGGGCGACAGUGUGCAUAGCCGAUGUCGACACCAAGGCCAUGGCCGAUACAGAUGCGUACUUUGCGCCCCUGGGCGUGCCAUAUACGAUCACCGAGGUGGACGUCAGCAAGAGGGUACAGGUGGAUACAUGGGUUGAUUUCAUUGUCGACAAGUACGGAAAGCUGUACGGUGCUGCCAAUGUUGCCGGAAUUAUAGGAAAGGUCCACGGAACGACGUCCGUCACCGACAUGGAAGACGACGAGUGGGGCAAAAUUAUCGCCGUCAACCUCACCGGCACGAUGUACUGCAUGCGUGCCGAGCUGCGCAACAUCGUCGACGGUGGCUCCAUUGUCAACAUCUCUUCGAUACAUGGCAUCAAAGGUUUUGCGAGGCAUUGCGCCUACGACGCCAGCAAGCACGGUCUCAUUGGACUCACAAGGUCUGCCGCCCAGGAAAAUGGUCAUCGUGAGGUCCGUAUCAACAGUGUUGCUCCGGGGUCCAUCUAUACGCCCCUGAUGCAGAAAGAGUGGGAUCACCGCGGACGCCCCAGCGACGCCCCCUUUGAUGAGCCCACGGCCUUCCAGAGGCAAGGUACCGUCGAGGAGGCAGCAAACGUCAUUGGGUUCCUUCUCGGCCUGGAUAGUACAUUUGUCAGCGGUAGUGUAUACCAAGUCGAUGGAGCUUGGAAUUAA